AUGCAACUACAAGCGAAAUGUCCACCAUCUGAGCGUUGCCUCAUCCUCGAGUUACCCACAGAGAUAUUAGUCGAGAUCAUCAGUCAUCUAUCCGUGCUGCCAGAAGCGUGUCUCGCCCUGACCUGUAAACGGUUAUUUUCCCUAUGUGCGACCAGUCUAAGUUCGACACAAUUACGCUUCCCCGGGGAUCUUGCACCCCGGUUUCACCACGAGAACAAUUACAACUUUCUGACUCCUAGAUGGCAAUUCGCCAAGCUACUGGAAGGCAAACGGUGGCAAGUCUGCUCUCGAUGCUUGAGGUUGCAUCCACGGGCCUCGUACACGUCGAAGCAAUUGAAACGCAUGGCGGAAGAUCGUUGUUGUGGUCUCGGGGAUCUUGGAGGCCUCGUCGAUGUAUGUCCGUGCAAGAAAAUGACCUUUCGGGAUACAAUCGAUUUGAUUGAACUUUUGAAAAUACGAGAACGCUCCGUAGGAGCUCUGGGAACCCAGUUUGGAUUGCAUGUUCAGGAGCGCUUUCCCUGGCAUUCUUGCUAUCAGAGCUACGGAACAACCACGCUGCGCAUCGAGAUUUCCCCGGAACUAAACGAUGCACAUCAACUGAAGAUCACCACUUCUUACAAGCUGUCUGUUGAGUCUGGGCAGCUGGGAAAGAAUGGUCAUUUGACCUGGCGCCUGGGAUGCGCACACCGAACAAUCGACUUAUGGCUGGCUAGUGUCUGUCAAGCUGGUGUUUUGAAUCUUUACCACAGUGCCUGUGACUUAUAUAGGCAAAUUCAAACCUGCAGCAUCUGUGAGACAACGCUGGUGUUUCCUCGCGGACACCCACUUCAUGUCAAGUCAGACCCUGAAAAGGAUUUGUAUGUGUUCCGGACUGAAAGGCUUCUGGGGGGAUCAGCACCUGUUCUAAGUCAUGCAUGGACUGUUCAGAGGAUUCAUCCCACACAAUACCAGGAUGAUACAAGGGAGAGUGGACUGUUCUUCAGCACUAGUCACUCUUUCACCUUGGGGUCUGACAAUGAGUAG